AUGAGGAUAUAAUAUAAAACCCUCUUUUGGAUUGUGUUUGAAUCACGAAAUGAGAAUUGAUAUACUGAAAUUCGUGUGCAAUAUGUUAAUGGAGGUAAAUAUAUGUCAUAAUUGUAGUAAUGCUUCUUGGCUUUGAUCCGAAUUUAUUAUGUCACAUACUGCCCACCAGGAACGUUAAGUUGUGUAGGGUAGCAUGUCUUCUGUACUGUAGAUGGGUUAUACUUUGCAAUUUUGUAAGCUUGAUUUUAAUCUUUACUUCUUUUCUGUGAAACUAGAGAGACAUCUGCGAAGAAGUUGCUGCUAUCAUUUUCAGACUGAAUGAAGUGUCCACGUGCAUACCCAGUCACUUCAAACAAGCUAUGAGGAGACUGAGUGUCAAACCAGAUGCUAAUUAUGAAUAAUGUUGCUUAGGAAUUCAGAAUCAGAGGGUUAUCUUGAAUUUGCAAAAGCACAGGGGUAAUGGGAGCCAGUCAAAUUAUGGACUGGCCAACAAAGGUUCAAUUCCUGGCAGGGCAAAGUUGCCUCUGCACCCAACUGGCUGUGGGUUUGCACCCAGCCUCCUAUCCAGUGGGUACUAGGUGUCCUUUCUGGGGGGGUAAAAAUGGCAUGAUGCUGACCACUAAACCCCGUGUAGUGUUGAGGUCAAGAGGUCAAAGGAGAUUUUCCUCCUCUCGCUCAAAGAUCCUCCAUGGCAUGUGGUGGGACAGCUUUACUUUAUUGGGGAAUGGCUGCAGUCUCCUCAUUAAUGUCUCCUGUGAUGUUAUUGAUGACGUGAGGAUUCUUCAUGGCGUCAGAUGUCUUUUGAGACAACCUGGUUUUGAAUGUGUUUUUGCCAGUCUGGAGCAUUGUGUCUGCUUGCUCGUGGACACCAGGGAUGAAGACUGUCAGCACCUUGCGACAGAAGAUAUAAUUUCUGAAGGACCAAGGAAAUCACCUGUACCAUACGUCCCACCCUUGUACUGCUAACUGAUGUACAAUCAAUUUUCAUUGCCUUGAAUAUGCGUAGACACUCAGGCAGAAGUGAGGCAUCAGUUUCUGUGCAAGUGGGGUGUUCCCAUCUGCACCGCACACCAACUGCAAGGAUCGCUAUAUGGAUGGUGCAGUAACGUCACAUGCUUCUCACCAUUACGAAGCUGCUCCUGUUUGUUUAUAUGUUUGGCUGAAAAGUUCCAGGGUAGAUUAGAAGGGCAUGGACAUGUUCAGGGAGAGGGCCUUACUUGUUCUUCAGGCCUUGUAUAAAAAAGGAGGGCGUGGAGAGUCUAAGGCAUGAAGUCACAGAGAGUUAGAUUACCUCAGAGGAAACAUAUUUGGAAACUGACUAUGAAUGCAGCUCAGAAAAAGAGGAGUGCCAGGGAAAACCUUAUCUACUUUAUGGAAUCCUGACUUCAGAUAGGCCCAGGAACAUGGGAGUGUCUAGGACAAAAUGUGUACUGACUCAUGAUAUCCUGAGUUACACAAGUUCCAUAAAAGAAAUAUACGCCUGUAGUUUGGUGAAUCAUGACUGGAAAUUUGCUGUGCUUGUUAAGAAAAAUGUAGAACUAUGUACGUAGGGCUUAGGAAGUAAACGAAUGUAAAUUUC